GUAAUAUAGUCAAAACAUAUAUAGUUAAUGAUCCAUAACCAAAACAGGGUUUAAUCCUGUUUUCAGUGUUGAAACAAAUCACCAACGAGAUUGCUAUAGGUGAGCUCACUGACCAUUCACACAAACAAAAGCCAUUAGGCUAACAUGUGAUUGGCUAAUUAGCCACCAUAAAACAGAGUUUAUAAAAAAGCAAAACUACUGAUUUACUCUCACUAAUCCUAAAAAGAAUAAUACAUUACAGUAGCCAUAUAGUGUAUAUCAAACUGUUAGUUAUCUAUAUGGAAUCCAUCGCUACUUUCUUCUGAACUUCAAAAAAAGACUGCAACUGAAGAAGAAGAGGCAAACUAGGGUUUCUUCAGAUUAUGUUAAACGGUCUCCCACUUAUUUAACCUGACAUAUCGUAAUGGGCCAACCGGCCCGAUAUGGGCCUGUAUUUUGGGCUGUUUUGAUUUAUUAAACCCUGAAGGAAAUCAAAAACCUUCGGAGUCGGUCCAUUUCUCUUCAGUUCAAGCUCCGACACAAAUAAUGGCGACUUUGUUACGUCGGACAGCUUCACGGCUUGUCGGAAGCUGUAUCAAAAAUCGCUUUUCCGUAAAUCCAUUUUAUAACCAGACGACGUGUGCUCCUCAUGGACGCUUGCGACAUCUGACGCCGUCUAUUUCUCGUAACAAUCACUUCACUACAUCUGCCAGAAAGAGAGCUUCCUCAAAUGAUCCUCUUCUCAGAGUGAUCGAAGCUGAGAUUGGAUUCGCCGAGCAAGCCGAUGAUUACAAUCGAGUUGAAGAAACUCCAAGUGGUUUCCCUUUCAAAAUGGAAGACAAACCAGGGACCAAGAUCGUGACUUUGACUAGAGAUUACCAAGGAGAGAGUGUUAUAGUUGAAGUACACAUGACUAAUCUUGUGACAGGUGAUAAAGGAGACGACGAAGAUGAGGAAGAGAGUGAUGAAGAAGAAGAAGAAGAUGAGGAUAAGCCAGAGAAGCCUAAGCAAUCUAAUGUUCCUCUCUUGGUAACACUUUCCAAGGAGACAGGACCAAGUUUGGAGUUCAGAUGUACUGCGUUUCCGGAUAAGAUUGUGAUCAAGGACAUGUGGGUUACGUUUCCUGAUGAUCCUUCCAAGGAUGAGCUUGCCUAUGAAGGCCCUUCCUUCCGGGUUUUGGAUGAAAAGCUGAGAAAGGCUUUCCACAGGUACAUCGAGAUUAGAGGGAUAACGCCUGGCAUGAUCAACUUCUUGCAUGAGUAUAUGAUCAACAAAGAUAGUAAAGAGCACUUACUGUGGUUGAAAACUCUCAAGAACUUUGUUAAGUCUUGAGGAAAACAUAACACUUUUUUUUUUCAGUUUUCAGAUGCUCUCUGUUUUCAAAUUUCGUACUUGAAACACAGUUAUGUUCUGUUUGGAUCUAUUUUAUAUAAUAAAAAUGAGUA